AUGAUUGGGACAUCUGCUUUCUCCGCUCUAGGAGAGCUUGUGCAGAGCAAAACAAUCAUUGCAUCCCUCGCGCUGGCCACACACUACGUUCUCCAUACCUUCGAAUGGGACACCAGAUUCCACCUGAUCCUAUACGCGUGGGCUCUAGGUCUCGGGAGUGUUGCAGCCAUCACAUUCAUGACCGGCCAGCAUGCCGGGGCAAUAGUGGCCACAGCUCAGAUCACAGCCACGGUAGCAUCGCUCUAUUUCAGCGUUUUGUUUACCAGCAUCUUGCUGCAUCGUGGAUUCUUCCAUCGUCUUCGAAAGUUCCCAGGGCCUAUUGGGUCACGGUUCUCCAAGUCAUACGCAAUCUACGCUGGAGUUUUCCCCACUCGAUUCCGACAUUUUGAGUAUCAGCGGCAACUGCACCAAAAGUAUAAGUCAGAUGUAAUUCGGACUGGUCCAAGAGAGGUCACGGUUUAUUGCGCUGACGCUAUUCCACUCAUCCAUGGACCGGCAUCUACAUGUAGAAAGCCUCUCUCCGUAUAUGGAGUCUUUAGGGAAGCCACUGGUAUCUCGCUCCAGACAACAACAGAUAAGGAGAAACACCGUCAGCAGCGCAGGGUCUGGGACCGCGCCUUCAACGCCAAGGCUCUGCGCGACUACGAGCCUCGCCUCAAUCGACAUGCGGCUACUCUUGUAUCAAGACUGAAAGAGCAAUCAUCAAAAGGUCCAGUACGAAUUAACAAAUGGCUGAACUUUUACAGCUUCGAUGUCAUGGGAGACAUGGCAUUCAGUCGCAGCUUUGGUUUGAUCGAAAAGGGCGAAGAAACUGAUUUCAUCAAGUUGCUUCAUGAGGGUAUGGAUCCGAUCAGCGUUUUUGCCCAUGUCCCUUGGUCCUUGAAUCUCGCAGUGCGAGCAGGCGCCGGUGCUAAGGCGCUAGUUGAGCAUUCGGAAUGGAGUCGUAGGGUCCUUGAGGAAAGAGUCAAGAAUCCACCAAAAGAGAAUGAUGUUUUCUCGUGGGUGCUCGGCGAUGAUAAUCGAGUCACACCUAAUAUGGUCGCUAAUUCUCACCUUUUGGUUGUAGCUGGCAGCGAUACAGUAGCGGCAACACUGGCCAUGCUCGCCUACGAACUCUGCGCGAAGCCACAUAUCCAAGCCAAGCUACGCAAUGAAAUCGAUGCAGUCCAUCCAGGGAAAACUCACCUCGACUGCAGCGAUGUUACAGAUUGUGAAUAUCUCAACGGCGUCAUCCAGGAAGCACUGCGACUGCACCCGGCAGUCCCCUCUGGCGCUGCACGCGAAACACCACCCGAGGGUCUUACCCUCCCCAACGGAACAUACAUACCCGGCAACGUAAUCAUAUGGACACCCGUCUACACCAUUCAGCGUGACCCCCGCUAUUGGGAGAAGCCCCUGGCCUUCAUGCCCGAACGCUGGACUUCUCAAAACUCCAACGCCAUCAUCGACAAGCGCGCGUUUAUGACAUUCCUUUCCGGGCCCUACAGCUGCAUAGGACAGAAGCUGGCGAUGAUGGAAUUGCGGAGCGUUGUAGCAAACUUGGUGCGGUCGUUUGAGAUUACGUUUGCUGAAGGCGAUGAUGGGAGUGAGAUUGGGAGUAGGAGCCGUGACUGCUUCACUAUGAAGGUGGGAGAUUUGGAUGUUAAGCUUACGCCUAGGCAAUCGUGA